AUGCCAAAUCGCAAGAUCAAACGCCCCUCGCAUUUUUGCGAAUGGGUAGUUGGAACAACAAUCGAAUCUGUUAUCGGCGCUAUCCCCCAGAACAAACCCCUUAAGAAACGAGACGUCGUACGUGUUCAGGUCACCACCGAUGAUGAGUCCGAAGAGGACACCGUCAAGAUCACCUACCCGCGCACUGGACGCACCUAUACACCUCCGCCUGCCAACGAAGCAAAGGCCGAGCCCAAGAAGGUCCGGUUUAACUUUGGCCAAAAUGGCCCCAUCAAAUCUGCUAUGAAGCAGACCACUACCACAACUCCCAUGGACUCCUCAGAUGAGGCAUCCGACUCCGGCCCAGAAACCGAGUCAGACUCGAGUCAGUCGGCCUACAUAUCAAGCUCUGAUGCCACCGAUUCUGAUAUUGAAUACUCAGUUGAGUGCGUGAAGCACAAAAGGCAGAAAAAGAAGAAGCACAGACAGACACAGACCGAAGAAGACACCGAAAGUGACUGGGACUCUGAUCCAGAACCAACUUGUGACUGCCUGAGAUGCCAGAAGGGCCGACAGAUAUUGAAAAGAGUAGGCCGGAAAAGGAGCAAGGAAAUCACUCCACCAAGCCCCGAAACUUCUGAAUCGGACGAAGAAGAAUCCCCCAAUACUAAACGACAGUCUGGUAAGAAUAAGAGGAGGUGCCGAAAGAAAGCAAAACCAACAGAGCCUGACCCCAAUACUUCUAACUCAGAUUCAGAGUCCGAGAUCCCAGCACCCAAGAAACGGAACCAAACCAAAAAUCAAGGCAAGCAGAGAGGUGGAAAGAAAAAGCAAGCCGCGCCCCAGCCUCCUAUGACCAAGAAGCAACGAAAAGCAAUGAACAAAAAGGCUAAGCAGCAACAAGAGCAAGAGAUUGAAGGUGAAAUCUCUGACUCACCCAAGGAAGCAGAGGAGGAAACUGAACCAGAAGAGGAGCCCGAGAAACAUAACAAAGGCAAGCAGAAGAAUAAUAAGAAGCAGGAUGAAAAACAAGCAAAACAGAAGAAACAGGAACCAGAGAAAGCAACCCAUAAAGACCCAGAGGCUGUCGAACAAACACCAACUGAUGAAGCCCCCGAAGCUUCCAAAGACAAAGAUCAAGGCAAGUUCAGAACUAUGAAAGGAAAAGCAAAGGCACAGCCUAAACAAAAAGAUGGAGUCAAGAAGGGCAAUUAUCCCGAAGGACUACCAGUUCCUCAUAUGCGUCGACCACAGCUUAUCGAGCCCAUCAGAGCUCAGGUCGUUCAGACAGAACGCGUGAUCGAAACUCCACAAGACCCAGCACCUAACGCUUACUACGAUGCAGAACACAAUAUCAUGAGAGUCUACCAGGGUCCCGCCUACGGUAAUCACCAAAACAAUGCAUUGUACCCAGAACGUGACGCCUUCACCUGCCCUCUGCCAAUGGGUCAGCCUCAUCCGAUGCAGAACCCCUUCUACUAUAACUUCAACAAUACGCAGCAGUAUCCCAACUAUCCACAGAUGCCGCCAUUCCACCAAGGCUAUGCAGGGAUACCGCCACCAGAAGCAUACUCACAUGUUCCAAUCACUCAAGGAAUGGCCCCUCCUCCAUGGUAUGCCAUGGGCCCUCCUCCGGGAGUCCCCCCCACUGGCUACUAUGGACACAGGAGCCCUGAAACUAACAAAAACACCCCGGCUUCCAAAACGGAGAAGGACAAGGCCAGCCAGAACAAUGUUGGACCUCCGGGAAGUCUUACUGGCCAGGACAAUCCAUACUAUAAGAGAAAGUCACAAAAAAACACCUGGGAAAGCCACCGUUCUGUAUCCAAGGAAAACAGCCAGCCUCCAGGUUCCGAUAAGGCUGGGUCGAACGGGUCGAACGGCUGGAACAAUGGAUCAGGUGACAACAAUGGCCAGAACGGUCAAGACGGUUGGAGCGCACCGACCCAGGACAACAACCAGAACGGUGAUGGUUGGAAUAUGAGCAACAACCAGGCAGUUGACGAUUGGAAUAAGACCACUCAGGAUAGUAAGCCGGAGGAAUGGGUAGUGUCACCACCAAGUGGCGAGCAAGAUCAGAACCAAAAUGGUUGGGGAGCUGGUUCGAACCAUUCGAACAAGAGCAACGAGACUGUGAAAAGGAACGGAGAUCAUUGGGGUGACGACACGUUCCCAGGCGCCCGCGGCGACUGGAGCGAACAACCGACUAUAAGCAGUGUUGGGCAAGGAGCUGACAACAACGUGGGCAUCUGGGCUCCCACGGAUGUGAAUGGGAACGGGGACGGAAACCAAAAACCUCCUUCAGCGGAAGGAGAAGGUCGUGACAACAUCAUGCCUGGGACAUGGGUUGACACCCCCGGCGUUACUAUGCCAACUUGGGGAGAUCCUACUGCAGCACGGGACACGAACGGCGAAGCCUCGAACUGGUAAUAGAAAUUGGAAACUUGCUACAUGCGGUUAUGAGAAAGAUGUCUAGUUUAGCUAACGGGGUAUGGUAUCCGCAAAAUCACUGUACUACAAGAUGCUAUGACUAGAUGCCUCCCAACCGAAUCAAUCAAUCAAUAUUCAACCCGUGUAAAUGAACACCUUCUGUGACUUUUGUCUUGUAACAUUUGAUGUGUUAUAAUGCCAUGAUGCAAACCAAACCGCCCUAGCUAUCGUCGAGUCGUAAUCGUCCUAUUCGUGUCAGAAGUGGAAUAACAUCAACUCCGCGAACCGU